GUAAAGCGUAACAUCGAUUAAAAAUAAAUGUAAUACACAAAAUGGCAGCGUCCAUAAAGGGCAUUGGUAGAGUGCUCCCACUUUGGAAGCGUAGGAUUCCGCGUUACCCAGUGUAUUGGAGCGGCAACCCUCAGCUACGAGUCUUUUUGCCUCAGUUUUGGAUGAAAAUGAUAAAACCAGAAAGAGAAAUCCCAUCAGAUGUUGUUCACUUUGUAGUUCACCCACAAAUGAGCCGUAUUGACAUUAAGAACUACUUGGAGAAGAUCUACCAGGUACCCGUGCUGUCAGUGAGAACCGACGUACACAGGGGGAAGGAAAUUAAACAUCCUAUCCGAGACCACGUGGUUGCCCUUGACGAUGAUGUUAAAUAUGCGUAUGUACAACUGGGAGACGGCUGCACGUUUGAAUUCCCCGACAUAUUCAAGGACAAGAAGAAAGCGUCUGAAAAGGAGCUGGCUGAAUUCAAACAGGUGAAACUGAGAGAGCAAACGACGGAACAAACUCACUGGUCGAAACUGAGUCUACCGCCGUGGUUCAGAUAACAUGACAGGUCUUCCUCUCAAACAAUGUCUUAUCACGUGACAGAUGUGUAAAGUGUGUAGAUGUGUAGAUGUGUGUGAUUAUUCGUGUUUAUGUCGGAUCAUCACAGUGCUGUGACAUCAGUGAUACAGGAAACAUUUGAAUUCAGAUUAUCUUGUAGUGGCAGUUUAGUAAAGUAAAUAACCAAGAAUAAGAAAAUUCCGUUGAAGAUCAGUUUUGCCAACAGCUGUUGUGGCAGCACCGCAGAUUGCCAUUGUGAAUUUCAGCAACUGUUUGCCCAGUGAUGCUGGGUUCAGGAGGCAGGGGAUGAAACAUCAGUUUGCAAGUCUGUUUAGAAAUCGGAGUCAUAUCUGGCCUUAAAUAACUGGUGUGCGGGGGGAGAUGGGGCAGUAAAAAGCUAAUUAAAGUUGAGUAAUGUAGGUCUUCUCCAUCUAGAGCAACAGGACAUUCAAAUCUAGAGAAAAAGGACAUUGAAACUGAUCAUUUUACAUUUUAGGGGAGGGGCAACUGCUCCAACGACACUAGGGGUGACUAUUGCGGUGAGUUUUACAAUUGCAAUAGUAUUGCGGUUAGUUAAAAUACUAUUGUAAUUGCUUGACAACAGUAAUAUGAAUAGAUAUUUCGCAAACUAUUUACCUUAGUUUUCCAAUGUGUGUCUGUGUGAGUAUGCAUGCGUAUAUACGUAUGUCUGUGUUUGUAUGUAUGUCUGUGUUUGUACUUAGUUAUUUAUAAAAAUGUCACUUGGUAGUGAAAUCAUGUGUUGGUCGUAGAACAUAUUUCACUAUGCAUACUAUCGAAACUAUCGAUAGUUGAGCAAACAAUUGCGAUAGUGAUAGUGCAUCGAUAGUUAAUGCACUGACUAUCGCAACAUAUCGAUUGUUCGAUGUAUUGUUAUACCACUAUCAGACACCUGCUAGAUGUGGCCCUUAAAUUGAUGCUUAUUUUAAAAUACCACCAUUCACAGUAUGAUGCAUUGACAAAUAUCCCCUGAUUGUUACGUCUUGUUUCUCACCAGUGGGUUAGCUGGCUGUGACUGUGUAUGUAUGUGAUUAACAGUCCAUGUGUUUGUAAUAAAAAGAUUAUCACUGAGAA